CUUGCUUGAUACAGGCAGUGUGAAGGAACACCGUGGCUCGCGCAAAAUCAACCCCAUGUCAAUCAACCGCAGCCAGCCAGCCAGGCAGGCAGGCAGGCACAUCGAUGUUGGCUCAGCCAGUCAGUGAGAGUGUCAGCCAGCCAGCAGCAAGGCUGUGCAUGUGUGGGGGCAGAGAGAAGCAUGGAGAUGGAGAGGCCAGCCUGCCUGCCUGCUUCCAUAGGUAGGCAGAUGGAGAGGGACGGAGGGAGGGAGGGAAAGGAACAAGACAUUGGUUGCACCACAGCGCCACAGCACGUGACGCAGCACUCGUGCAGUCAUGCACACAUAACUCCUCCCACAGCACAGCCGGUAGGUAGCGCUAUUUGGCCAUCAUCACUGACACACACACACACACACCCGUGUGCCAUUCCCGCUUUGGCAACUUACUGUCUUUUGCUGACUUACUUUUGACAAAUUCCUCGUAGUUGAUUUGGCCAUCGCCGUCCACGUCGGCUUCCCGGACUGCACACAUACACACAAGCACACAGGCAAGGAAAGGCAGCGAGUGACGGUGGUGUCCGUGUCUGCAUCUUGCUAUUCUCCGGCUGACUGACUCAUUUCGUCGACUUCCUCGUCAGUGAGUUUCUCGCCCAGGUUGGUCAUGACGUGACGCAACUCCGCCGCACUGAUGUAUCCUAAACACAAGAGCAGAUCGACAGACAGAAAGUGUCAGGUGGUUUGUCUGCCGGUCUGUCUGCAGACUGACCGUUUCCGUCCCUGUCGAAGACCUUGAACGCCUCUAUGAGUUCCUCCUCGGUGUCGGUGUCCUUCAUCUUCCGUGCCAUCAACGACAAAAACUCCGGGAAAUCAAUCGUACCUGGCCACCAAACGAAGAAUGACCAAUCUCUCUGACCGUCCUCCUCCCUGCCCUCCAGUGCAGUGCCCUCUCUCAGUUGUGGGUGAGCCGUGGGUUAUCAGCAUACCAUUGCCGUCGGCGUCAACCUCAUUGAUCAUGUCCUGCAGCUCGGCCUCCGUCGGGUUCUGACCCAGCGAACGCAUCACCGUACCCAACUCCUUCGUGGUGAUAGCUGCACACACGAAGAGAAGAGAACACACACACACACAACAGACACACAAGCCAUGCAGUCACUGCAUGCAGCCGCUGCAAUAUGCCUCCUCUGCUGUCCUCUGCUGCACUCGCCCGCCCUUUUGCGCGCGCGAAGCCCCCAACACACACAGAGGUUUCUCUUUACUUAUACGUCAUGCUUACUUCCGUCCCCAUCCUUGUCAAACAAUGAGAACGCCUCCUGAGGACGACAGCGACGCACACACAUGCAGGCACACGUGCCACUGCGUCACGGAUACCGUGCGAUGGCGUGCAUACCUUGAACUCUGCUAUCUGUUCCUCUGUCAGUUGAUCCGCCAUGGUGCC